AAGCGCCGAGCGGGCUGCAGGCCGACAGCACCGUCUUUCCUUGCCGCUGUUGUAGCUGCUGCCGUUGAGUUGUGAGGAGCUUAUCGGCCGUCCCUACUGGCCACCAUGUCCGCCCAGGCGCAGAUGCGGGCCCUGCUGGACCAGCUCAUGGGCACGGCUCGGGAUGGUUCAGUGUAUCUUUGCCUGCCUACAUCAAUCUGCAAGGGAGUUGCAGAAAAGCCUCAUGUUCAUCGAGCCGUGAGUCACAACCAAUUUCUAAGCUGUUAUAACAAAAAAGUGUUUGCUUUUUUUUUCCACAAGUAACUUUAAAAGUGUAGUUUAGAAAGAAAACAUUUUCAGUAAAAAGACACUACAUUAAUCAUGGAUGCUUGCAAAUCCUGAAAUAUAUUCCUCCUUGACUAUUACACAGCUCUGUGUCCUAUACACAGAUUAGCCUUAAAAUUUGUCACAUACCACUUUGCCUUUACUUUUAUGUAUCAUUCCCCCUGACUUCCUUACUGCAGGUGUGGGCAAGAAAACUUUUCCUUUAAAACUUUUCAACAGCGGGCAUAAAAUUCUGCAGCUGAGUUCUUGAAGAAUGCAGAUGGGAGAUGAAACCAGACAGAGGGUCAAGUUUACAGAUGACCGGGUCUGCAAGAGUCACCUUCUGGAUUGCUGCCCCCAUGACAUCCUUGCUGGGACGCGCAUGGAUUUAGGAGAAUGUACCAAAAUCCACGACUUGGCCCUCCGAGCAGAUUAUGAAAUUGCAAGUAAAGAAAGAGACCUGUUUUUUGAAUUAGAUGCUAUGGAUCACUUAGAAUCCUUCAUUGCAGAGUGUGAUCGGAGAACUGAACUUGCCAAGAAGCGGCUGGCAGAAACACAGGAGGAGAUCAGUGCAGAAGUUUCUGCAAAGGCAGAAAAGGUACAUGAGUUGAAUGAAGAAAUAGGAAAACUUCUUGCUAAAGCAGAGCAGCUAGGAGCUGAAGGAAAUGUGGAUGAAUCCCAGAAGAUCCUUAUGGAAGUGGAGAAAGUUCGUGCAAAGAAAAAAGAAGCAGAGGAGGAAUAUAGAAAUUCCAUGCCUGCAUCCAGUUUUCAACAGCAAAAGCUCCGAGUCUGUGAGGUUUGUUCAGCUUACCUUGGUCUCCAUGACAAUGACCGUCGUCUUGCAGAUCACUUCGGGGGCAAGUUACACUUGGGGUUCAUUCAGAUCCGAGAGAAGCUUGAUCAGUUGAGGAAAACUGUAGCUGAAAAGCAGGAGAAGAGAAAUCAGGAUCGCUUGAGGAGAAGAGAGGAGAGAGAGCGAGAGGAGCGGCUGAGCAGGAGGUCUGGAUCAAGAAACCGAGAUCGAAGGAGGUCACGAUCCCGGGAUCGGCGACGGAGGCGAUCUAGAUCUACCUCCCGAGAGCGGCGAAAGUUUUCCCGUUCCAGGUCCCGAGAUAGACACCGGCGACAUCGCAGUCGUUCCCGGAGCCACAGCCGGGGUCACCGCCGAGCUUCCAGGGACCGGAGUGCAAAAUACAAGUUCUCCAGGGAGCGCUCAUUGAGAGAGGAAUCCUGGGAGUACGGGCGGAGUGAGCGAGGGCCCACUGACUGGAGGCUGGAGAGCUCCAAUGGCAAGACUGCAUCGAGAAGGUCGGAGGAGAAGGAGGCUGGCGAGAUCUGAACCUGGCCCUGGCACUGUAAAUAAUCUGACAAAAGUUCAGUUCAGCACAGCCUAAAUUACCCUUUAUAUUUGCUGGAUACAACUCAUCUUUUGUAGUUAAAAUUUAUAUUGUUUGGCCCUAGCUGUGAGUUUCUAGAGUUGUUCAGAGCUGCUCCUGUGUUUGGGGUUAUGUUGUAUAGGAACAAAUAAAUUUGGCGGCUGCCUCCUGA